CCUGUUUCACUGUGAGGUUUGCGGUCAGGUCAAAGGGCUGCCGGGAACUUCCAUCAUUAAAGUGGCUGUGUAAAAAGUGCUCAGCUUCCGACCCACUCAGUUCGAUGUUUUUUGCACUGCUAAAUUGCUAUAAGCUUAGAUACCUUAUGCGACAAAAAAUCGUUGUCAAGUUAUCCGCGUAGCUUUUCGUUAUCUGGCUUGAAAGAGUUAUUAACCCUAUGUCGAAUUUACAGCAUCACAAGAAAGUCGACUCCUCGUGAAACAGACGCUAACCUACCAAUGUGAUGGCGGCCUUCAAGUGGGGCUCGAGGCUUUUGUCGAUCUCGCUUCCUCACCGUUCAUGGCUGUCUCUUUGGAGAUCGGAAAAAUGAAUCAGAGCACAUUCUCGCAAAAUGCAGUGUCUUUCGUCCCAGAAAUCAGUCAAGGUCGCGUGGAAACCUUGGCAAAAUCCCCCUUCCACCGGUCCCGACAAUCGAGGCAAUCCGUUUCAUGUGCAGAGUACCACAGUCGCGGAGCUAUUAACUCUAUCAAAAUUCUCCGUAGCUGUUGGGUUUGACAUAACAUCGGGAGAUUCUCUCCACAGACGAUCCACACAGCAUGUUUUAGCCAAGAUAUAAGCUGGCUUAUUACUAUCAUCGCUGUUCAGUGGGUCCGCCAUUGUUGUUAUCCAGCUUAAUCUCGUCUCUCGCUUUUCUUUUCCUUUAAAUUCGCCUCUGGUAGUGCAGACCUACUUUAACCACCCACUCACGUCCCCAUUUAACGAUCUCCUUCUUCGUUUAAUAACCUAUUCACGAUGGCCGCCACUAAUUUCACGACGACUGCUUCGGAUAUUAUCUCAAGCCACCUACUAGCGAGGGGAGACAGGAGUCUCGGCCCAUAUGACUACGUGCCCACGAAAAGUGUAGGCAUAACAUUUGUAACCCUCUUUGCAAUCAGUACUGUUGCACACUUCGUUCAGAGUAUACGAUUCCGUACAUGGUGGAUGCUACCUACCGCUGUUCUUUGUGGUAUCGCCGAGCUAGUGGGAUGGUCUGCAAGACUUUAUUCUAGCGGCGCACCCCACGCCGUCGUCCCUUUUGAGAUACAAAUUUCUUCUACUAUUACUGGACCCACGCCACUCAUUGCUGCCAACUUUAUCAUGCUCGGACGUAUCAUCAGGGCGCUAGGAACGCGCUAUAGCCGCCUUCCUCCUAAGCUCUAUACAAUAGUCUUUCUCUCAUGUGAUGCUGUCUCACUCACAAUCCAAGGUGUUGGAGGAGGUAUCGCUGCAAGUGCCUCUGGUAACGGUCAAAACGCAAACACAGGUGGUAACAUCAUGUUGGUUGGUAUCGUCAUUCAAAUGAUUGCAAUCUCCAUCUUCGUGCUCUGCGCUUCCGAGUUUCUUAUUCGUUAUGCCAACGACAAGCCGCUGCGGGCUCCAGCUGACGAAGAAGAGAAAGUGUCUUCGCUCUCAAACGGCAUGAACCCCCGGAUGAAGCUUUUGAUUUACGCCAUAGCGUUUAACACGACAUGUUUGUUUAUCCGUGCCGUGUACCGCACCAUCGAGCUUACAGACGGAUGGAAUGGGAGAAUCAUCAGCACCCAAGUGUACUUCAAUGUCCUUGACGCAGGCAUGGUUACGCUCGCCAUCUUCACCCUCAACUUCUUCCACCCUGGCUACCUCCUCGUGACUCCUCCUAAAACGCUUUAUGGACACAUCGCUGGUUCAGAGUCGUCUCAGUUUUAGUAUGUAGUGGUCGCAUGUGUUGUCUGUGACAGCAUGCAAGUUUAGCUGCCAUCCUGUUCUUUCUUUCGCUAUACUAUAUACUUUAAUAUAUUUAUCGGCUCGAUCAGCUAUUUACAGUAGGUUAGCAUUUUCUGUAAUGUAGAGAUGUCUGCCACACCAGGAAAAAUAAGAAAGUACAUACUCGCGUACUUACUAGUACUUG